AUGAUCUCUGUAUUGUUUGACAACAAAGAAAAUAUGCAAGCCGCACUAGAAGUAAAUGUAGGUACAGAUGCGCAAUUGCCCACUCACAUGCAUAGAGCACAAUUGUAUAAAAAUAAUACUUUGAAUGAAAGGAAAAUGGGAAUUAAAUUAUGGGACAUCCCUAUUGGUGUGAAACAUAAUGAAUUAAAAAGUGAAUUAGAAAAUAUAUAUGGCGAAGUGGAGCAAUUAAUAUUACGCCCAACAGGAAUGUGGCAAUGGGCAAUCGCUGUCUUUAAAAAAGAAGAAGUAACUAAAGAACUUCUUAAUCAAUGGAGCAUAAUUAUUGGUGAAGACUCACUCUGUGUUACACCUACUGAUUGUAGUUAUGAUAAUCUCAUGACACGUGGUAAAUUUGCUGCAAGGAUGAUCAAUUUACCAUCUGGCAUCACAGCAAAAGAGAUUAUUCCUAACAUCAAAACGAUUGGUGCACUUACUUGCUAUAUCCCUAGGUCUCGCAAUUAUAGACGUAGAAGUGAGGCAAUUAUUUCUUUUGUAAAUGAAGAGGCACUAGAAGCGGCAAUUGGUAAAGAGUGGAAGGCAGGUGAAUUCAAUAUUAAAGUCACAAGCAUGGCAGCAAAAACAUGCUACAGAUGUCACUCCAAGGAACAUAUCGCUAAAGAUUGUCCACGGUCAAUAAACGAAAGGAGAAUAGAAGUAACAAAAAAUGAAAAUUUUCUUAAAUUCAAAAAUAUUUACAAAAGACACAAUCCAAAAUUAUAUACAAACUUAAAUAAAAAAUUUGGUGAAAAAUCAUUUGCUGAGAAUUUCUUACAAGACAAACUCAAUCUUAACUCUGAAACUAAUCAAUAUCAUAGUGAUUACAAUGAACCUGAGGUUGAUUUGCAAAUGGAUUUUGAUGAACUGAACACACACAAUAUAGAAGGAAGCAAAGAAGUGAAAAAUAAAAAUGAAGAUAAUUUUGGUAGAUUAAUACAAAUAGUAGAACAAUUCGACAUAAUGGGUAUAGCAGAAACAGAUUGUGGUGAAAGCAAGGGGCAAUGGUAUAAAGACAAUAAGGAUAAAUUUCGUAUUCACUGUUCGGGUAACGGAAAAGGAACUGGAGUAGCCUUAAUAAUUUCAAAAACACUAAAUAAGUACGUGUGUAAAAAAAGAGAAUAUGAGGGUAGAGCAAUUUGCGUAGAUCUAGUUCUUCCAAGAAAAAUGACAAUCUGCGUAAUGCAAAUUUAUUUACCAAGUAAAAAAAGUGACAAAGUUAACGUAAUUAACUGGAUUAAAAUCCAAUUAAAUGAAGCUCAAAGGAAAAAGAAAAAAGUUAUCGUGAUGGGGGAUUUUAAUGCAGUACCAUCACCUGCAAUAGAUCGAAAUAACAAUAGUCACUCACAAUUUCCAGAAAGUGAAAUCUUCCUGCUGCUAAGUAGUCAUGAUCUAAUUGACUGCUAUAGAAUAAUGUUUCCAGAAAACACAGGGUAUACAUGGAAAAGAGAUAAUUCAAACGAGGAAAGUAGAAUUGACACAAUUUGGAUGUCACACAGAUGGUAUGAUAAAAUUAUAUCCUGUUUUUUAGAUGACAUCAAAUUGAUAACAAGUAGCGACCAUAAACUUUUAGGUGUAAAAAUGUUGAAAAAGUGGCAAAUAAGAGAAAAAAAUGAGGAAAUUUAUCCCAAUGGACCUAAAUAUAAUAUAAAGCUGAUGGAUGAGAAACGAUGGCUAAAAUUUGCAAAGUUGGUAACUGUAGAGGUUGAGUCAUCAAAAUUCUUCAAUGGCAUCAAUUACCAGAAAAAGAAUUAUAACUCACUAAAUAAAAGUUUGUUAACACUUAAAAAUAUAAUGAUAAAAGUAGCAGAUUAA